AGGGGUCGUUUGAUCAUUUUUUAGCCAUCACAUAAAAGAGUUCUGUGUUGCCUGAACGGUAGAAUUCUUUAAAUCACAGUAAAUAAUAAGGUGAACACUUGCAUGUUUGUGAGCACAACUGAUACAUGACAUGAGGACCUGGGAAGCUAUGAAACUGGUAGAUUGUCUAUGACAUCUAGUGUUAGGAAAGCUAUGGAGAGAUCAGAAAACAUAACUGGUCUGUUUGCCUGGGCAUACAGUGGUGUGAACUUUGACCUGGCCGGAAAUGGAGGCCUCGAAUGUAGGGACUUUAUCAGUGUUAAACAGAGAAUUGUAGAGACGGUGAUCAGCUGUACUGCAGCAGGGCUAAUUCUGUAUGGGGCCAUCACACGCAUAACUCUUCCCAAAAACCCUGUCAUCAAACCAGACCCUGUGGGAAAACGAAUUCUUCUGGUGGUGCAUUGCUUGAUAUUUGGUAUUGAGCUGGGCUUUAAAUUAGCUACAAAGCAGAUGAUUUAUAUACUUAAUCCAUGUCAUGUGGCAACAAUGAUGCAGAUUUUCUGUCUGGCAGCACCACCUGGAAGAGUAACAACAUCGGUGUUCCGACUUCAUCUACACAUGUUAACAGGGGCACCUAUUGCUAUACUUUUUCCUGUAAUAAAUACUCGAUUGUUGCCGUUUGAGACAGAAGUAUAUUAUAUACAACAUUUGCUGAUGCUAGUCAUUCCAUUCUACUUACUCAAAAUUGGAGGUUCGUACACUGCUGAGCCUGUCUUAGACUUUAGCUGGGCUUUGGUGUCUAUGGGAGUCCUGUACAUUAUAUACUUUGUACCAGUGCAGUACCUGGCAUAUGUAUCAAAGGUGAACCUGAAUAACAUGCUUUGUCCAGCAGUAUCAGAUCCAUUUUAUGGGCCAUACUAUCGAAUCUGUGCAAUGACGCAUCAGGGACUUCUCAUACCAACUUUGGGCAAGUUUUACACAUGGCUCUCAAACAAACUUCUCAAGUCUUCAUUGAAAGUGGAGGAAGAGUUGGUAUUUAACAUUGACUGGGCCCUGGAGCCUCCACCAAUUGACAAUCUCAGCGGGAAGAACGGUGUCAUCAACCAUCAGGACUUCCAACCCAACCCAAACAAUGGACAUCUUAAGUCAUCUUGAGACAAACCUAGCUUUAAUUCUACAAAAAAAAACUUUCCUCGGUGUCAAUAUUUCAUUAUUUUAGAUUUAAUAGUAUUUGUGAAUAGAUUUGUUUCACAAAAGUGGAAAAUAUAUGUACUUUUUUGUAAGUUAUGAUGUAAUUUUGCAUUGUUUAUAGUUCCCAGAAUCAGAUUUACUAAUUUUCUAUUAUUUGCUGUUUUUAUUCUUACUGAUUUGAAGGUUAACAAUACUGAAUAUUUUUAUAAGGUUGCUUAGGUUCGUACGUUUGAUAAAAAUCUGUUUACCGUAUUUGGCUGAAUAUAAUACACACUUUUUUCCUUGAAAAUGUUUUUGUGAGAAAGGCGUGCGUAUUUUACACCACAAUAUGAUUUUGAUAGUUUUUUCUUUCAGGUGAAACACGGUUAUCAUACGGAUAUAUCGUAGUAUUACCUAGAGACAUGGGCAAUUUCUUGUUGUUUAUCGCUGUAUUUAAAACUUGGGAAAAUUAUUGUCGGAACGUAGGCUUGUUGAAAAUGUUAUAUUUAUAAUCUAUUGAUAAUGAUAAUCUGUUGUUAAAUGAUAUUAAAAACAAGUUACAAUUAAUUUGAGGUGCAUAUUCAUCGUCUCCAUGUAGGCCGCCAUUGACGAUGUUAUUUAUAGAUGUUCACGCAUUCCUUUGCCACGUGCUUGCGUAAUCAUAGUACACAUGUACCUAAUCAGAAAAAAAAAUAAUUGAGCAAUUUUAUAAUGAAAUACAAUAAAUCAACAUUUAUUUGGGGUUUUAAAUAACGCGGUGAAAAUUCAUUUCAACAUGAACACCUCACUAUACCACUGUAUACUAUAUGUCCCGAAUGCCAUGAAUGCAAUCGAAGCCAAUGUCGUGAACACCAUGGAACACGUGCGCUUGUCACUUGAUCUCAACACCCCUCCAGGCAAAUAAACUGUCUACCAACUCCUAAGCAUUGUUUUUACAGUUAGAGCACUGAUUAUUUACUGCCCUUAUUAAUGGCUUUGAUCGUUUUCUUUGUUAAAUUUCGGGGGUCGAUUUUUAGCCUUCGUACAUUAUCUUUCGAAUGAACUUGUGUUGAUUACGACACAAACAUUUAAACGCUUGUUAAAUGUAAUUUUACUUUAAUUAUCUUAUAUUCAUCGACCUCUUAUUAAAUUAAUUAAGAUUUUAAAAAGGAAAUAUGAAGUCUGUUAAAACUUAAGUGUUAUAAUAACUCGUGCUCUGUAGAAAAUAAGAUAUCUGUGAAGAUUACCUCGAUGUAUAAAGACAUGAUUUAUACUGUGUCAAUCUGUUCAAACUAAAAUUCUACAGUAUUUCGUGCUUUGUUGAAAUAAAAUUAUUUCUGCAAGGAUAAAGACAACGUGUAAUGCCACGAUUGCCGUCAGCUAAAAAUAAAAUAAAAUGCAAUAAUAUUGCGUUCUUUCUUCAAUAAAAUCAUUACCACGCGAAGAUUUAAACAGCAACGUUUAAGUGCAAGAUUUAUAUAUUUAGCCUGAUAUAAAUUUAAUGGGGAUGACAUUUUGUAUUUCGUUAAAAUUAAUAAAAUUAUACUGUGAUUUUUAGACAACAUUGCCGUCAGCUUAAAAAAUUAUUUAUAAUGCAAAAUUUAAUUAUUUCUAUGAAUAAUACCGCCAUGCUUAAAAGCAGAGUACGGUAAGCUCAAAAAACAAAGUCCGCAUAUGAAAAGUUACCGUGCUUAAAUUUUCAAUACAUUAUUUCCACAAAAGAUUUUAAAUUAAAAUUACCGCGAUGUAAAAAAGACAACAUUACUGCUUGGUCAAUUUUUUGACAGCGUAUAAUACAACCGAACUGUGUUUUUUCCCCAAAUUUUCAAGCCAAAAAAGGGGGGUGCGUAUUUUACACCAAUGCGUAUUAUAUUCAGCCAAAUACGGUAGAUUUGAUAUUGUAUUGUAUUGCUUUAGUGCUUUAACAGGAAUCUGGUAAGGAAAACAGAUACUGAAUUGUUAGUUCAGUAUUCUACAGUGCUUGACCCCAAAUUUGACAAAUUUUGAAAAUCCAAAAAGAUAGUCAGUAGUGAAUUUGGGAGAGAUACUCCACUAGAGAAUUACUUUGCAAGCAGUGGAUGAACACAAUUAAUAAAAUGGAAAUUACACUCCCAUCCCAUCCCUUUAAGAAAACAAAACGAAGCCAUAUGAGUUUCUUAGUUCCAUUGUUCUGGCCUCUUUAUCAGGUUUUGCUUCAAUUAGAAGGUGUACUUAUACAUAAUUUGCAUGUAUGUAGAGUAAUAUUUGGUUUAUUUCACUAUAUAAAGUGAAAAAUAUUUUCAGUAUUACAUAUUGUAGAAAUAAUUGGAGUAUACACUUGUAUUUGAUAAAUGAAUUCUCCCCAGGUAGAAUUAUGUUUUUUUUGCCUUUUGAAUUAGAUGAUAUUGCAUGUAUGUUCAGUUUUAUGAUAACAAAGGAAAUAUCCUCUUAUUAGGUAAAUUCAGGUUGAUAUAAAACUAAUACUAAUAAUGAUUGACUUGACAUUUUGACUAUAUUCCUAUGAUGAAAAUAUAUUUUGUUUCAGCAUUAUUUUACUACAAUGAACAUGUUAAUAUUUUGCUUAGCUUUUAACUUAACACCAAAGCAAGAUACAUGUAUUAAAAUUAUUUGAAGACUUCUGUUGCAAAAUGAAGACGCAGGUUUCUAUACCUUCUUAAAGAAAGAAUUUAUGCUUACGUGCAGUAGCAAUUUGGAAUCGAUAACAGUCAUUUAUGAAACAGCAUUAAAGAAUUUAAGGUCUGUUCAGUCAUGUGCAAUAAGUAGAAUAGUGAACUUGCCUAUUAUGGAUUAUUUGUUUUAAUUUUUGAUAUUUUUAAAGAUUUUUGUAAAGAAAAGUUUGAUAUUUUACAUGAAUUUUUCCACAAAAUUUUUGUAACCUGCAGAAAGGUGUCUUCAAAGAAUAUGAGAAAGUGGUUCUAUAUAGAAGAAACAUUCCAUCAUAUUGUCAUUGGAUAAAUUAUGAUCACCAUUUCUUAUAAUGUUUUGUUAUCAAAUACAACAGAUAACACAUGGAUAGUAAGUGGUGUGAAGGUUGUAUUUAUAUUUUAACUAGUCUCCAAAAGCAUGCAAGUCACUUGAAUUUGAGAUUAUAGAUUAAUCAAAAAUAAGAUUUUAAUGUUUUUGGUAGAGAAAUUUUUUGUUGCAAUUUACUUUCAGUCAUUUAUAAAGAACAUUCAUCAAUUUGUUUAACCAGAUUUUAUUGUAUUUUAAAAUAUACACUUCUUUAACCUCAUAUUCAAAUGUAUACAAUAUUUAAUUGAAAUAUCAAGCGAUGAAAGUAAAAUAAUUUCAUUGUAAUAAUAGUAAUUGUAUCAAGACAGUUCUCUAUGAGAAAGAUUCCAAAAUGAGAUUAAAACCAAUUUUCAGUUGAUUGUUCUUCAGUUUGUCGGGACUUGAGCAUAAUUUCAGUUUAUGUUAAUUAUUUCUGUUGUCUGUGAUUUGAAUAAAUCUUAAAAUCUGUA